AUGGAACAUGGCGAGCGAUUAACAGUAGAACAUGAAGAGCGCUGGGUGAUGGAACAUGGCGAGCGAUUAACAAUAGAACAUGGAGAGCGCUGGGUGGUGGAACAUGGCGAGCGCUUAACAGUAGAACAUGAAGAGCGCUGGGUGAUGGAACGUGGCGAGCGAUUAACAGUAGAACAUGGAGAGCGCUGGGUGAUGGAACAUGGCGAGCGAUUAACAAUAGAACAUGGAGAGCGCUGGGUGGUGGAACAUGGCGAGCGCUUAACAGUAGAACAUGGAGAGCGCUGGGUGAUGGAACGUGGCGAGCGAUUAACAGUAGAACAUGGAGAGCGCUGGGUGAUGGAACAUGGCGAGCGAUUAACAGUAGAACAUGAAGAGCGCUGGGUGAUGGAACAUGGCGAGCGAUUAACAGUAGAACAUGAAGAGCGAUGGGUGAUGGAACAUGGCGAGCGAUUAACAGUAGAACACGAAGAGCACUGGGUGAUGGAACAUGGCGAGCGAUUAACAAUAGAACACGAAGAGCACUGGGUGAUGGAACAUGGCGAGCGAUUAACAAUAGAACACGAAGAGUGCUGGGUGAUGGAACAUGGCGAGCGAUUAACAGUAGAACAUGAAGACACUGGGUGA